AGGAGGAAGCAAUGGGAACCAGCCUGUCAGCCAGCCUUUCAGGCUAAUUAGCUCAGAAUACAACAAAGAUAAGUAAGCCUGAGAGGAGGGCCCUGAGGGUCUUUAGAUUCUGGGAAAUGUCUGAUUGGCAGAUGUUAAAAGGGAUUCUUUGGUAAUCCAGUGCCUCAAUGAACUGCACAAAUUCAGUCCAGAGCUGCAAGAAUUCAGGCAUGAGGACACUGUGCAGGAGGCUUGCACAGGCAGACUCGAGAUGGACAGAACCUUGGAAUCUCUAAGGCACAUCAUUGCCCAAACCCUGCCUCACAGAGACCCGGCUUUGGUCUUCAAAGACUUGAAUGUUGUGUCAAUAUUACAGGAAUUUUGGGAAAGUAAGCAGCAGCAGAGAGCCACGUUUUCCAGUGAAGGCCUCGUGGUCUAUGAGUCAAUGCCCUCCUCUGGGCCUCCCUUUGUGAGCUACGUGACUCUCCCUGGAGGGAGCUGCUUUGGCAACUUUCAGUGCUGCUUAAGCAGAGCAGAGGCCAGGCGGGAUGCGGCUAAAGUGGCGCUCAUCAACUCUCUCUUCAACGAGCUGCCCUCCCGAAGGAUCACCAAGGAGUUCAUCAUGGAGAGUGUUCAGGAAGCAGUAGCCUCCACCAGUGGCACUUUAGAUGAUGCGGAUGAUCCCAGCACAAGUGUCGGAGCGUAUCACUACAUGUUGGAAUCAAACAUGGGGAAGACUAUGCUGGAGUUUCAGGAACUGAUGACCAUUUUCCAACUAUUGCACUGGAAUGGAAGCCUGAAAGCCCUCCGUGAAACAAAGUGCUCUCGACAGGAAGUCAUCUCCUAUUAUUCCCAAUAUUCUUUAGACGAAAAGAUGCGCAGCCACAUGGCCCUGGACUGGAUCAUGAAGGAGCGUGAGUCACCAGGAAUUCUCUCUCAAGAGCUACGUGCAGCCCUGGGGCAGCUGGAGGAAGCAAGGAAGGCAGGACAAGAACUACGGUUUUACAAAGAAAAGAAAGAAAUCCUGAGUUUGGCCCUGACUCAGAUCUAUAGUGACCCUGACCCUUCCUCACCCAGUGAUGACCAGCUGAGCCUCACGGCUCUGUGUGGCUAUCAUUAGCAAGACCAGGUCUCAGGUUUCCUGAGGACUUUCACAUCAGGAAUCUCAUUAACAGAGGCUGUCAGAGACUUUAGUAUGAUAGUCACUACCUGACAGAUGUACUGCUCCCUACUCAUUCUGUUCACAGAAUGGGGAAGUAGGAGUGGUUCAGACACCAACUUGCUACUUCAUGUUUGUUUUCAACCAUACCCUUAGUGGUUCUACUUCAUAAUGAAAGAAUGACAAUAGAACCGCUUGGAAAGUAUUAUUCAGGGUUUGACCCAAUCUAAAGCCUAGUUGAUAUGUGCCUUGUUUCACACAGAGGUCCAGUGCAAAAGCCUCCAAGAAAACAGCAGCAGGACUAGGGAAGGCAGCAUGUUAACAUGUAUCCCUGGCUGUCCUGGAACUCACUCUGUAGACCAGGCUGGCC